CGCCGCUCUAGACUCCUCCUACUCCCGAAAGCCGGCGGCUGGCGCGGGAUGGAGACUGGGUGCUGGUUGCUGGGGGGCGAGUUCGAGGACUCGGUGUUCGAAGAGAGGCGGGAGCGGCGGCCGGGACUGCCGGCGUCCUAUCGCGCCAAGCGCUGCGAGCCGCAGUGGUUUUAUGAAGAAACGGGGAGCAGUGAUGAAGUUGAAGCUCUAACUCUGAAGAAAUUCAAAGGGGACCUCGCCUACAGACGGCAAGAGUAUCAGAAAGCACUGCAAGAGUACUCGAGUGUCUCUGAAAAACUGCCAUCUACAAAUUUUGCCAUGAAAAGGGAUGUCCAGGAAGGCCAGGCGCGGUGUCUGGUUCACCUGGGAAGGCACACAGAAGCCCUGGAGAUCGCUGCAAACUUGGAAAAUAAAGCAACUAAUACAGACCAUUUAACCACUGUGCUCUACCUCCAAUUUGCUAUUUGUUCAAGUCUGCAGAACUUGGAGAAAACAAUCCUCUGCCUACAGAAACUGAUUUCUUUGCAUCCUUUUGAUCCUUGGAACUGGGGCAAAUUGGCGGAGGCUUACCUGAGUCUGGGCCCAGCUCUGUCAACAUUGUGUGCGUCAUCUCAAAAACAGAACAGUUUUACCUCCAGUGACAAAACCAUCAAAUCCUCCUUUACACACUCAGGAAAAGACUGUCUUUUGUGUUUUCCUGAAACGUUGCCUGAGAGCCCUGUGUUUUCUGUGGAAGCAAGCAGCAGUAAUAACCAGAAGAAUGAGAAAGCUAUGAAAAAUAUUCAGAACUGUGUGGCAGAAAAGAGAGAAGCAGUGUUGCUAGAGACUCAGAUGAAAGCGUGUGCCUCCUUUAUACGAACCAGGCUUUUGCUUCAGCUCACCCAGUCGCAGCAAACCUCGUUUGCUUUGGAGAGGAAUUUAAGGACUCAGCAGGAAAUUGCAGAUAAAAUGAAAGAGUUCGGCUUCAAAGAAGACACUUUGCUGUUGAUAGCUGAGAUAUUUAUGGUCAUAUAUGAAACUCAGGCACCUGAUUAACUGUACUUCACGCCAGGAAUGCAACUGAGAAGAAAACAGACCCAAUCCAGGUUCUGCCAUCAUGUUUCCAUCUUGGCUAAACAAGCCCACAGAGAAGCUCUCUAGGGGAUGAUCUGGAAGCUAUAAGAUAAGGAAUUAGCAGGAUAAAGACAGCAGGAAUGACCUCUCCAGCAGAGUAAAUAAUCAGCAAGUGCAAAGGCCCUGAGGUGUGAAAGAGCAUGAAAGACCUGGAGGAAAACAGUGUGGCCACAGCACAGUGGAGGGGAAGGAAAAUCCUGCUGAGACAGAGGCCAUGGUAAGAAUGAAUUUUUUUUUUUUUUUUUUUUUUUUCAUUUCUAGGAGCAGUGACAAGUCUGGAAGGAUUUUCAGGAUGCAAGUGAUUUGAUCUGGUUUGAAUUUAGAAAUCUUUCUGUUCCUGGUGGAGAAAGCCCAGAGGUGGAAGGGCGGCUCGGGGCAGGAAUGGAAUCAGGGCCAGUUAGGUUCUCAUGCUGUGCCCACCAAGGCCCCACCCCUGGACCUGCCAUCAGGAAGUGGGAGCUUCCUCCUGGUUGACCCCCCAAGCACCUUCUUAGCUCAUGCUGAUCUUACAGCACGUAUCACACCACUCUACAGCCAUUUAUCCAUAUUUUUUGAUGACAGAGAAGAGCUCUGUGUCCCCAGACCUGGCACAGUGCCUGUGCUGGGGUAAGACUUUCUACAAGAGCUUAAAUGUUGAAAUACAUACAAGCCCCCCAACCUCACCCCCACCCCUCGGCUGAAGAUGCGGACAGAGCUCUUCAGUUUGAACUGGGUGCAACCAGGGCCAGAAUAUCUGAAGUCCAGGGAUAGCUGGAUUGAAAGAAUGAAAUAGAGACUGCUUUAGCUGUGUUUUAACUGGAGACAACUCUGAGAGUCCCAAGGAAAAGGAUUUUCGGAAAGCCUGGCAAACAGGUCCCCCUUGAGAGCUGAGUGCAAAACAAGUUAUAGUUGCCGCCCUGCACUCUCUCCAGAUUCUUCAGGUCUCAGGAACGGCCUUGCAUGUCUUCAAGCCCACUGCCAAACCUCCUCCUGACACCUCCCGUAUCCGGAGGACAAGCCCAGUAGCAGAGAGGACGAGCUCUCUCUAGGAGAGCCAGAGAUCCUAGCCAAGGAAACUGGAGACCCUGGGCCAAUCACCCACCCUCUCUGUGCCUCAGCUCCCCCAUCUGUCAACUGGAGGAAUAAUGCCUCCUUCAAAGGCUUGUCAAUCCUUACGAAAUGUCUGACCACACCUGGCCAAGGGUCUGGCACAAAGCUCAACAAGGCUGGCUCUGCUUCCUUCUGCCCCUACCAAGGGCAAGGGCCGCCCCUGCGUGCUGAGCCCUGUAAGAGCAAAUACAAAUGAAAACAGGCUUAACUCUCCCUAUUUAGAAUAAGAGGAGAGACUUUUCCUCCUCUUCAUUUUCUCUUUCAGAAUUUCUUUCUCUGUCCCUGAAGUCAGAGGAAGAAUCGAAUGAAGAGGCCUUUUGCUACAUUUCCCCAGUAACUACCUGGAGCUUAUACCCUUUUGUUCUACCACAAUUUCCACGACUUUCCAGGACUUUCUACUCUUCAUCAAACCUCAUAUAAAAAUGCUCAGGCUCAACCAUGUCUUAGGAUCACUUCUUUAUGGAGGCUACAUAUGCCACAUAAAACUUAUAAA